CGCGUCCUGUAAGCCGAUUCGACAAGGGCGAGUGCUAGUGGCAUCCCUGUGAGGGUCAUCCAAGCCUUGCAAGCCGCAACCUUGUCAACCUGCCCAGGUGAGGUCCUCGACCCUCAAACUUGGGGUGGCCAUAUGCUUUUCUGCACAACCCAACUCCACAGCGAUACGCUCCAAGUCCACCAUAUCAACGCUUCGAAGCUCUACCGGCCGACAAAUAUGAUUCCUUCCACAGAGCCGCAAUCUGAAUUGUCGCACCACAUGCAGAAACUCGACUAUGCCCCCACGCAGAUCCCACAAGAAAUCUAGAGCAGGUUGCCGACGCUGCAAGAGUCGCAAGAUUAAGUGCGAUGAAGUACACCCGCGUUGUGGCAACUGUCUCAAACAUGGCGUCCCCUGUGACUUCGAACACCCCGAACUCACAGAAAGCCUCAAUAUUCCAGACACGCCGGGCUCAUUUGGAGCGCCUUCACCCAGCUUCUCGAACUUGUCCAGCGGCUUCAGCCCGGCUCCUGGGCCCAGCGUAGCUGCCCGCACUCUCUUGACGAUUUGUCGAAAUCCGGAUCCGCCGGCUUUCAGCGCAGCUUCCAAGAACAACCGAUUAAUGGAACUAAAACUGCUACAUCACUACACUACCAUGACCUGCAAGACCCUCACCAUUUGCGACCCUUCGGCCGAGAACAUAUGGCGGGACACGGUUCCCAGCCUCGCCUUCUCCGGUAACAGUUUCCUAGUCGAUGCCCUCCUCUCCGUUUCCGCACUGCAUCUGAGGGCCAUCUCACCCCACGACCAGCAGCUUGUGCAGGCUAGUCAUGCCUACAUGGCCUCGACUCUAUCUGAUUAUGGGAGCAAUUUGAGCAAAGGCAUCAACGCGUCCAAUGCCGAAGCGUUGUUCCUUACGGCUGCCCUCAUUGCCUUUCAGUCUACGGCAUCCCGCAUCUUCGUGCGCGACAACGGCGGUGACGUCAAGAGUCGCAGCAAUCAGUACACCCUGCCGCUGUCGUGGUUCCAUGCAUUCCAGGGUGUGAAAGCCGUUGUCGCGUCAAGCUGGCAAUGGCUGCGCAACAGCGGCAUAGUGGUCCCAAUCAUCCAAGGUCAGCCCGCACUCAAUCUAAAUUUGAGCUCGCAGGAAUCGACAUACUUUGCCAACUUAUUAGUUGGCCUGGACGGGGAACUCGAGAGUCUCGAAAGCGACCCGGCUUCCCACAUGCUCACACGGCAAGCAUAUCAGCAUGCCGUUGCUGUCCUCAACUGGGCCCACAAGAUACCACUCAGCGGGGCACCGAUGGUUUUCCUGGCUACUGUAUCCCGUCGCUAUGUCGAGCUACUCCAGGCUCGCCGCCCGCGCGCGUUAGCAAUCCUCGCUUGUUUCUUUGGGCUUUUGAAGUGCCUCGACGGUGUGUGGUGGUUGAGGGGGGUAGCACGCCGUGAAGUCCUAGGAAUUGUGCACAUGUUUGAUCCGGACGACCAGGUUUGGUGGCCGAGACUGCAAUGGCCUCUUCGAGUGGUCUUGCAUGAUGGUGAUGUUAUUCCACCAGAAGUUUGGGGCGCCGACUGGGAAGCGGAGAGCGUUCUACUAGACCAGGCAAAUCGGCAGAACGGAGGCGGGUUCAUAAACCACAUCGAAAUGCUGUCGCAGAUGUUUGCUGCGAUGCAAAACUUACCCCCCGGUUUGCCAGCCGACACGGUCAACUACGCAUAUUCGGGAGCUGAGCAACUUAUUUCUGCACAACUGGUCAUGGCGCGGCAAGAGCAUGGCUUCUCGAACGGCUCGCGUGCCGGCAACGACUGAAGGGGCCUUAAGAGAGCGUGUAAAGUCACAAAGUGCGUUGAAGAAAAGAGCUACUCUCCAGGCGGCACUCUCUCUCCCCCCGCU